AUGGCGCUUCCAGCUUCAGAGACUAAACACAUACCUAUUCUAUCAUAUCAAUUUGGAAGCGAAACAUUUACGUUGAACCAGCGAGAUGAUCAUGGAGUUACGAACGGAACGACCUUAUGGCUCGGCGGGCAAGUACUCGCGUACUAUCUCUCCUCUGAACUCCCCGGAGGGGGGACGAGUCGCCUUUCGAAAGGAGGUACAAUAACUAGCGACAUGAAACUUCAAGAAGCAGUUGAAGAAGCCGUAGCGAGCGACCGAGCUCCUAAGCAAAGAAGGAAACGGGCGAUCGAACUGGGCAGUGGAAUUGGUUUAACCGCUUUGGCGUUGCAUUCGAUGGGCUGGGACGUUUGUGCUACAGACGUUGAGCCCGUGGUCUCCACGGUCUUGCGUCCUAAUAUCAAGAUGAACACAGGAGACCCAGUAAGAGAAUGCAAGAAAGAUGGCCACAUACUGGAAUGUAGAGAGCUGGACUGGGCGGUACCUCCUCAACAAUGGGACUGGGCGCACCCAGAGGCAGUCGCUCGACAUCAAGCUGAACAAGACACAUUUCCAACGGCAGAUAGUCAGAAUAUUGACAGUUCUCUCACUGUCAAGAGGGCGCUAAGUCCCCCAUUCGACCUCAUCGUAACCGCGGACACGCUCUAUACCCCAGCUCUGGUCAUACCCCUCUUACGAAGCCUUCACAAUCUCGCUAGUCUCUCGAUCGUGGGCGAUUCAAAGCAUUCCUGCACCAUUUACGUCGCCGUCGAACGACGAGACCCAGGAUUGAUGGACCGCGCCUUCCAACAGUGCAGCAGUCCACCGUGGGGCUUCAGAAUCGAGCGGGUAAGGGCCACCAAGGUUCGCAAAGCUCUAGAGAAAGCCAAAGUACCCUGGGUGAAAGAACGGGGUGCUUGGGAGGGAGUGGAAAUCUGGAAAAUGCGCCUGCCUCGAGACAUGGCUACUGCCCCUCUGGCGUCUGCAAGCUCCUCGUCCUCCCACUAG